UAAUUUCAAAGUCACAGCUUGAAGAGACCAUGAAGAAAUUCACAGAAGAACAUCAUAAAUCUGUAGAGAGAGGAUUCGACAACGUGUUCGCCGAGUUCGACAAUGCCUACGUAGCAGUAAGGGAUAAGUUCGAAAACCAAAAGAAAGAAGAGGGUGUAUGUGCCAGAGUGAGAAUACGAAUAGUACAAGAAGCAGUUCUUACACGAGAUGCAUUCAAUGGAAAGCUUGAGAUUGAAAAUGGCGAGAAUUCUGCUUUAACAAAUAUUAAAGUGGAGCUUCACAUCUUCAAAUCGGAAGAUGUAACUCAAGAACAUAUGAUAGAGCAUUUUGCAAUAGGAGAUCCAGAUCUAAACGGAAUAAGCGCGGUGGAUGGUUCGGGGAGUCUAGCUAAAGGGAAAAGUGGGUCUGCCGAAUGGUUGAUCAUCCCUUAUUCAACAGCUGCGCCAACUGAGGACGUCCUAUACGACAUCGGAGGUGUGCUCACCUACUUUGU